GUGCUCCCCCCUUCCAUCCAUUUCUCAGCCUGGCAGGAUGUGAGCACGGCUAGUGCAGGAUGCAUUUUGCUCUGUAUGCCUUAAGAGCUGCCUGUGACUUUGAGGGGGACAGUACAGAGCUGUGGAAUAGCAUCAGAAGAGCCAGGCACCCUAACUAGGCCAAGGUGUGGAUCCUGCCCACAUUUGGGGUGGGGUAUUGUUGGGAUCAGCAUGAGAUACAGCGGAGUUAAAGGUGGGUCUUGUAACAAAUGCACUGGGCUGGGAUUUAGAAGAUUUGAACCCUGACUACUCAUGUGCAACCCAGGGCAAGUUUCUUCCUCUCUCUACACCUCAGUUGCCCCUCUGCAGAGCAGGAGUAAAUAAUCCUUUGCUCGGUCUUGUUUUAGGCUGUAAGCAAUUCAGGGCAGGGAUGCUCUCUUACUAUUUCACACGUACAACACCUAGGACAGGGGGGUCCUGAGUUCAGCAAUACGAACAGAAGCAUAAAUGCACACUGGAGUAUCUUCUCCAGCAACCUUAGGGAAGUGUUCCCAAGACAAGAAAAGGAAGCACUGCACAGAGCCUGAGUUAAAAACCUAUCAGAAGAGGAUCAGCCUGAAAGAUAGAAUUGGUACCUGGAAAAGCCCUUUGAGGUCCUACCUAGACCAUCUCCCCAUCAAGGCAGGAUUAUUCCCUGGUGGGGUAAUCUGUGCAGCCUACUUUUAAGUGCCCUAAGCAAUGGGGCUCCCACCGCUUUCCAUUGGGAGACUAUUCCACAGCCUUCAUGCAUCUUGCUCUUGAGGCUUUUCCCCGUAGUUCUGUCUGAGUGUGCAUUUACACUUCUCUACCUGUGUAAAUAACUAGAGGGUGCAUGCAACGAAGGGUUGCUGGUUAGCACUAGGCAUAGCAGGAGGAGACUGUAUAUAAUUCACUCCCUCCUUCACGGAGCACUCCUGACAUCCCUGCCGUUCCACCCCACCCUGACCUAAGCAGUGGGGUGUGUGGACAACUACCUGCAACAGAGAGGGCCCAGACUUUCAAAAGGGGCCUCUGAUUUUGGGUACUUGCAGAGAGAAAGACGAUGAGUGAAUCUAGUGCAAAAUCCAGCCAGCCCUUGGCUUCCAAACAGGAGGAGGACGUGUCUGAGAAGAGAGGGCGGGGACGACCCAGGAAGAAGCCGCAGCAGGAACCCAGCGAGGCACCAACCCCCAAGAGACCACGUGGCAGACCAAAGGGGAGCAAAAACAAGGCCACUUCUAAAGGCAGGAAAGCCGCAGUAACACCUGGGAGGAAACCUCGAGGCCGGCCCAAAAAAUCGCAGAAGGACGAAGAGGAAGUGAAUGUUUCGCAGGAGUCAUCCGAAGAGGAGCAGUGAAAACGCUUGAAGCCGGCACUACCUCAUCGUUCAACUUACCAAUUUCUCGUCAAGUUCUUGGACUGAGGAAGGAACAAAAACAAAACAAAACAAAAAUCCUUGGGGUUUUUUUUUCCCCUUCUCCGCGCCCCCCACCCCCCGCACAACUUUCUCAUACUCAAACAGCAGCAGCACUGGAGUUCAGAUCAAACCGACGGAGCGGCCAUCGCACUCGCUGACGGACGCUGUUAACUCAAAGGGGGAAAACGGGCUCUGUUGUUUCUCUUUCUUAUUGGACAGGGUUAAAAUUUAGCCUACUGGCUGAUGUUGUUUCUUUUGUUCCUAGUGAAAUUCACUGAGGGAAGGCUCCUGUAGAACAGUUGCUUUAUUGUUUUGUGAUUUUUUUUCCGCCCCCUAAACACACUUCAUGGUAGGAAAAGGAGGAGAGGGGGCUGCUUAUGGCUGUCUAUAUUUUAGUUUUCUUUUUAAACUAGUUGGGGACAGAUCUAUUAAACCCCCCACACACACACCCAUUUUCCCUGCAGCAUCUCUACUUUGCACAGGAGCUGCCCCAAAGCUGCAAUUGAUACGAGCUUCUCCCUGCAGCCCCGAGAGGGGAGCCAAGGUCUGUCGAGAGGAGUGGGGGGUGUUAGUCUGACAGGGCUGGCUGAGCACCGCUCCCUCCGCUCAUCUCAAACUCCCUUGUCACGCACAGCCACAGAACUGUCUGAACUGCCAUCUUUCCUUGGCUGAUGUUCUGACCCACCCUCCUCAGCUGCUGGCCCUGCGGGGAAGAUUUAAAGGUGGGGUCUGCGAGGCUGCCCUUCCUGCUCUCUCAAUUAGGGGAUCCAAGAGCAUGAAGGAGGCUCCCUCUCAUGUGCUGAUCCAGCUCCGGCUGAGCUCCCCAAAGCUCUGUGCUGGCCUAGAGGAACCAGCACCUGUGUAGCUUUCCCCUUUGGGCCCAGCAGCAGAGCAGAGCUAUGCAUUAAAAUCACUUUAGGGGAUAAGGCAAUAGUAGUGUGUCCAUGGCUGGCUGCACGAGGGACUCUGAGCUGCAGCUAUGUGUUAACGGUUUGUUUCAGUUCAGCCAAGGCAUAUUCUGUUGGCACUGAGGUGUGAUCACACCCAGCACGCAGAGCCCUGCUGGGGGAAUAUGCCACAAGAUAGGACUAUAGAGACCUGAGUUCUAUUCCAGACUCUGCCACAGGCCUGCUGGCUGAUCCAUGGCAAGUCACAUCACCUGUGUGCCUCAGUUUUCCCCAUCUGUAAAAGGGGGAUAAUGAUACCAACUGCCUUUGUAAAGUGCUGGGAGAGCUACAGAUGAAAAGUGCUAGGCAAGAGCUAAGUAUUACCAUUGCGUGCAUUUUGAAGAACCCCGAGGCAUGCCUACAGAGCAUCCUGCUCGUGAUAGAGCAGUCUCCUUGCAGUCAGAAGGGUGGCACAGCUGAAGCACAGAGCAGACAUAAGGUACAGGGACCAGCUGGCAGUCCGAUCCACCCCUGCCCCCACAGGUGACCAGUGCACAAUCACAAGCCUGGAAGCAGGGCACAGCCAGAUUUGUCUGCAUUACUCCAGGGCAGAGAUUAAAACUGACCUGCUGCCAUCUUCAGAGAACUUUUAAGACUCAGUGCUCUAGAAGAAUUGCCCUUUUAAGUUACAAAGUCCAGCCCUCCCUUGCUCUUCUAUUACAGAAGCAUUAAUGCUUUUUGCAUCCCUUCUUCCAACUUACAAAAGCAGACUUCCCUCUCGGCGGAAGACCGAGACCCUCCCGCAACACACAAUAGAUGUAACACUGCACUGUUGGCUGCCUUUUUGCUUCAGAUUCCCCCUACACCGUGUGUAAGGCUCAUAAGGCCGGCUACCCACAGUCAUGCUGCAGCAGCCCUCUGAUUGCAGGACUGUCAGAUCAGCCCCAGAGGGGUGUCUGCCAUUUAAAGAGGAAUUCGCCUUUCACAGGCAGCAUUGCUGAUUCUUUCUCUUUCCCAUCAGCUCUGUGGAGUUCUCCAUCAGGAAUAGCAUUGUGGGCUUUUUAGCGACACUUGUACUUCCAGACCAGAUUUCAGUGGAUUUUUUUUUUUAAGGUUUAUUUUUGUUGGUUUGUUUUUUCCCUCCUCCAUUCACAACUACCUCUGGAUAAUUUAAGUUCCAUUCUCUUAACCAUAGAUAUGCUGCUGCUGUUACUGCUGCUGUACUGGUUACAACAUUUAUUAUUCCAACAUGGUCUUUCUGGUUUUUAUUCCUCCCCUCGGGAACGAUUCAUUUACAGUAGGGAGCCAAAGUUGGGUGGAUGGCGGGGAGAUAAUUUUAAAGCGUUAGGCUAUUCUACUAUAGAAAGGGACAAAGUUUUUCAAGGGGGUGUGGUGAAGACACCCCAUCAACCCUCUCCCCCGGGCUUUCCAGCCGACGUUAGUAAAACGAGAGAAAAUGGCAAAGCAGCAACCCACAACCUAUUCCCCACCAGCCCUUAGCACUCGCCAGUGGGGAAAACACCCCUCCCUGUCCCUCUGCCCCACUGGGAUUAGCACUCUACUGCCGUGGCCUGGAAACAUUCCCCAGCUGCUCGAGAUCACUGAACUAGAAAUGUUACUCUCUAGAGAGAGAAGCAGCCCGGGUCGGGCACAGGACUGGGCCUGGCCUGAAUAAUGGCGGAGUCAGCCCCUGCCUCUGUUUCCCCACCUGCCUCUGGAGGGGAUGAUGUUCAUGAGGUGACUCAGCAACGCGGAGCGCCUUAGCUCGCAGGAAGGCACCUCUGCUUGCAGCAGGCAAAGGACAGGCUGGGGUGAGAUAUUGUUUGCUCAUUAAUCCACACCAGGUACCAGGCCACUUACUCUUCUCAUGUUCCAUGCCUCAGGCUGGGGGAUUAGACUCAGCAGGAAAGUAAACAGCUUGAGUGUCUGCCUCCAACGACCUACAGGCUGGGAGAUCCCUUUGUCACACCACACUCCAUCCCUUUAGCUACAACCACCUGCAGCGGAGCUGGAGGUUAUUACUAUGGGGAAGACCAAAGGGGUGAAAGCAGUUUUGGGGUUUACACAGUUUUUACUGGGUGUUCAAGUCACCUGUCCAGCAAGGCGGCGGGGGGGACACCAUGUGAGCGUAAGCCACGGCCGGAAAAAGCAGGCAGGUGGCUGACAGUUGAUAAAAAGUGGAGGUUUUUUGGCCCAUUGUUAAAGACCCUUUGGUUUCCUAUUUGCAGUUACUUGAAUAAAACAUUUUAUGAAUGUU